AUGGCAUCCAUGUUUCGGAGUGAAGAGAUGUGUCUGAGGCAACUUUUUCUUCAGGUGGAAUCUGCCUAUUGCUGUGUUGCAGAACUUGGAGAGCUGGGUUUGGUCCAGUUCAGAGAUUUGAAUGCAAAUGUGAACAACUUUCAAAGAAGGUUUGUGAAUGAAGUAAGAAGAUGUGAAUCCUUAGAAAGGGUCCUUCGCUUUCUGGAAAGUGAGAUGGGUGAGGAGAUUCUGCCUGUCAUAUCCGGGAAAUAUCCAGAGACUCCGCCACCACGAGAAAUGAUUGACUUAGAGACCGUCUUAGAGAAACUGGAAGGUGAGUUGGAAGAAGCCAACCAGAACCUGCAGGCGCUGAAGCAGAACUUUCUAGAACUCACUGAACUCAAACAUCUCCUGAAGAAAACCCAAGACUUCUUUGAGACUGAAACUAAUUUGCCUGAUGAUUUCUUCAAUGAAGAUACUUCAGGGCUGCUGGAAUUAAGAAGCACUCCUGCAGCAGUUGCUGCAAAACUGGGAUUCAUCGCUGGUGUGAUUAAAAGAGAGAGGCUGGUGCCUUUUGAACGUUUGUUGUGGAGAGCCUGCAAGGGAAACAUCUAUCUGAAGUUCAGUGAAAUGGAUACACCCUUGGAAGAUCCUAUCACUAAAGAAGAGAUGAAAAAGAAUGUGUUCAUCAUCUUCUACCAAGGGGAACAGCUCAGACAGAAAAUCAAGAAGAUUUGUGACGGGUUCCGUGCCACUGUAUAUCCCUGUCCCGAGUCAGCUGGAGAACGCCGAGAAGUGGCUGCUGGUGUGAACACAAGGAUUGAAGAUCUCAACACAGUGAUCACCCAAACUGAGUCCCAUCGACAGGGGCUGUUGAAGGAAGCAUCUGCAAACCUGUGGGUCUGGGGAAUCAAAGUGAGGAAAAUGAAAGCCAUCUACCACAUCUUGAAUUCUUGCAACAUCGAUGUCACCCAGCAGUGUGUCAUUGCAGAGAUCUGGUUCCCUGUGGUAGAUAUCCUCAGGAUAAAAAGAGCACUGAAUCAAGGAAUGGAACGAAGUGGUUCUACAAUCAGCCCCAUCCUGACUGCUAUACAGACCAAGCUGGAUCCUCCUACUUUUAACCGAACCAAUAAAUUCACUGCUGGAUUCCAGGCCAUUGUAGAUGCCUAUGGUGUUGGGAAUUAUAGGGAGAUUAACCCAGCCCCCUUCACUAUCAUUACCUUCCCUUUUUUGUUUGCGGUGAUGUUUGGCGAUUGUGGUCAUGGUGCAGUCAUGCUGGGUUUUGCUCUGUGGAUGAUCAGCAAUGAAAAGUCCUUUUUAGCUCAGAAAAGCAAGAACGAGAUCUGGAACAUCUUUUUCGGUGGACGCUACUUGAUCCUACUCAUGAGUAUCUUUUCCAUUUACACUGGCUUUAUUUACAACGAUUGCUUCGCCAAAUCUUUCAACAUAUUUGGAUCUUCCUGGCGUGUCCGACCAAUGUACAACAAUGGUGUAUGGACGGAUGAAAUUGUUCACGAGAAUGGUUUUCUGCAAUUAGAUCCAAAAACAAGAGGUGUAUAUUCUGGAAACCCCUAUCCUUUUGGAAUUGAUCCGAUCUGGAAUAUUGCCAUCAAUAAGCUGACUUUCUUGAACUCGUACAAAAUGAAAAUGUCUGUCAUCAUAGGAAUCACACACAUGGUUUUUGGGGUGGUACUUAGUCUCUUCAACCAUAUUUAUUUCAAGCAAACUACCAACAUUGUCCUGCAGUUCAUUCCAGAGAUGAUCUUCAUAAUCUCCCUAUUUGGUUACCUCGUCUUCAUGAUUAUUUUCAAGUGGUGCCGAUUUAAUGUGCAUAAUGUCCAGAAUGCUCCGAGCAUCCUCAUUCACUUUAUCAAUAUGUUCAUGUUUAGUUACAACGAUCCAACAAAUCGUCCUUUAUACGAGCAUCAGCAAGAAGUUCAAACUUUCUUGGUCAUUUUCGCCUUGAUUGCCAUACCUUGGAUGCUUCUGAUUCAGCCUUUUAUUAUUCGAGCCAAGCAUCUGAAAGCUCAGAAUAAGCUGGCUUCAUCAAGUCUCUCAGAAAGUCCUACUGGUGAUAUUGAAGUAGAGAUCAUGGACUCCAACCACUCUGAGAAAACAAACCAAGAAGUUGAUAGCAGUGAAGGACAUGGAGGACAUGACCAUGGAGAAUUCAACUUUGGAGACAUCUGUGUGCACCAGGCGAUCCACACCAUUGAAUACUGCUUGGGUUGUAUUUCCAAUACAGCUUCCUAUCUCCGGCUUUGGGCACUUAGCCUGGCUCAUGCACAGCUCUCAGAGGUUCUUUGGACCUUGCUGUUUUCACAAGGCUUUAAAAUGACUGGCUGGAUAGGACUCAUUGGGAUUUUUGUCCUCUUUACUGUGUUUGCUGCUCUGACAAUAGCAAUUCUACUCAUCAUGGAAGGUCUUUCUGCCUUUCUGCAUGCACUCAGGCUUCAUUGGGUGGAAUUCCAGAACAAAUUCUAUUCUGGCUCUGGCUCUUCCUUUUCACCAUUCUCCUUCAAGACCAUAAUAGAAAGAAACGAAGAAUGAUGCUGAAAUCUGAAACUUCUGAGGUUUCUGCUAUUCUUUUUCUUGGUGAGCAUUUCCUUGAGAAUUAAGAGCCAGGAGGGAUACAGAACUUUCACACUAGGACUUUAGACACCAAAC